AUGAACAGGCGUGAGAAUGAUCUCAGUUGCAAGACGGUGGUUUCCAUGGACCAGAAAAUAAUGCAAUGUUCGAUCGUGAAUCCGAGUGACGCUCAUUCUCCGCCCAAGAACUUCAGCUUUGAUGGGGUCUACUUCGUAAAUUCCACCACAGAAGCAAUUUACAACGACAUUGCUUCUCCUCUCGUGGAGGGUGUUUUAGAAGGAUACAAUGGAACAGUUUUCGCCUACGGGCAAACGGGUUGUGGGAAAAGCUUUUCCAUGCAGGGCAUUUCGGAUCCCCCUACCCAAAGAGGGAUCAUUCCUCGAGCAUUCGAACACAUUUUCGAGGCGAUCGCCACAGCCGACAACUCCAAAUACCUCGUGCAUGCGUCCUAUCUGGAGAUUUACAACGAGGAAAUCAGGGAUUUGCUGGGCAAAGACAUCAAGAAGAAACUCGACUUGAAAGAGCAUCCAGACAAAGGCGUCUAUAUUCCAGAGCUGUCGAAGCAUCCCGUUCAUAAUGUACAUGAAUGCGAAUCCCUCAUGGACCGUGGCUGGAACAAUAGAAGCACAGGCGCAACAUUGAUGAAUGCGGACUCUUCAAGAUCUCAUUCGAUUUUCACCAUCAUGUUGGAGAUGAUGACUGUGAACGAAGAUGGGUCUGAACACAUUCGUCAAGGCAAACUCAACCUUGUCGAUUUGGCCGGAAGUGAACGACAAGCCAAAACUGGCAACACGAAAACACUAAUGGUCGCAUGUCUGUCUCCCGCCGACAACAACUACGAAGAAACACUAUCGACUCUCAGAUACGCAAAUCGAGCCAAAAAUAUCAAGAAUAAACCGAAAAUCAACGAAGAUCCGAAAGAUGCAAUGUUGCGAGAGUACCAAGAAGAGAUCCAAAAAUUGCGCGCCAUGCUGGACUCGAACGGCGCCGUUCAAAUUUCCAAACAAAUUGUAGUACCUGACGAGAAAGCUUUGGAAGCCGAACGAGAAAAAGUGCGUAGGGAAUACGAGCAGAAAAUGACUGAUAUGCAAAAACAACUUCAGCAAGCCAAAGCCCAGCAAAAUAAACCAGGACAAUCGAACCAAGAAGAGGUCGAAGCCGUCAAGCGCAAAUAUGAGCAGCAGCUUAAAGAGCUGAAUCAAAAGAUCGAGGCAAAUGCAAGCAAUGCAGGAGUCACGAGAGCAAUGAGUGCUGGACUCGGUCAACAAGCAUCUAUAGUGCAAAAAUUGGCGAAGAACCUGGAUCCCGAGAAAGCCGAAGCCAUUCAGAGAUUAAAAAAUCUUGAGAAACAAAUGGUGGGAGGAGAAAAAGCAAACGACGUGGAGCUGAAAAACAAGCGUGUCACUCGUCGCAAAAACGCCGAAAGACGUAUGGAAACUUUGGCAGCAGUUUUGAAUGCUGUCAGCCAAGACAAUGACGAUGCAGCCGUUCUCGCCAAGGUCUACGAUGACAUCAACGAAGAAGUUAAAUCCAAGACCGAGCUCGCAAAAAAGUACAAAAAUCGGGUAAAAGUUCUCGAGCAAGAAAUCUCGGACCUUACUUCCGAGUUUGAAUCAGAUCGAACGGAUUAUUUGGAAACAAUUCGAAAGCAAGAUCAGCAGAUCAAGCUUCUACAGCAAAUCCUUGAUCGAGCUCAGCCUGCUAUUAAAAAGGAGUCAAAUUACAGCAACAUCGAGAAAAUAAAACAGGAAGCCUUCUGGGAAGACGAGACACAAAGAUGGAAACUACCGGAAAUGAUUAUUACGCGGACCAAAUUGCCAAAAGCCGCUGCCGGUGGAGCAUCAGUAGAGGUGCCGGAGAGGUCGGUGUCUGAUGACCUGAGCACUCGCAGACGCAAGCCGAGCGUUACUGCCCCUGCAAAGCUGGCUUACUCCAGUGACGAGGACGAGGACACUUUGCUGCUCAAGGUGCGAUUCCCCAAUCGUCUCGGUCCGGGCUCGCAGCAAAGCAGCGGUAGCACUGUGGUGUCGAACGCUGUCGGCCGCUAUCGAAGACCGCCGUCGUCGGUGUCGAAUGGGCAACAAAGUGGCAGCAGUGGCACGAGUGACGAGCUUCGCUUCCGCAUCUCCAACAACAAUGGGCGGGUGUCGCGUUGCAGUUUACUGCGCAGUAACUUGAACUCGGAGAACAUUCUGGUCGAUUCGAGCGACUCGCAAGACUCAUCUCCUCCAGAAUGGUCUGCGGGUUAUUCCUGCGAGUCGGAUGACGAGAAAAUUUUGCAGCAAAAAUUGGAACGAGGCCAAGAAGAAAACAUUGCUGGAACGUAUUUUUCAAAAUCGACGCGACAAGCAAAACUUCUCGAGAAAGCCAGAAAGGAUUCACACGUGAAUGGACCCAGUUGGCGAGGUGAUUUGUCAAAAAAUAAAUCAUCAUCAACGAGUGUCUUGAACCAGACAAUCAGUCUUUCUCCCGAAAUGCUUGUCAACGGAAACCUGAGCAAUUCCUGCAGUCUCAACGGGUCUUGGGAUCAACCGAAUAGUUCCAACUCCUGGGGCGGAACCUCUAAUGUCGGCGUCAAUAACUGGUUUUCCACAAACGGGUACAACAUUAAUCCCAUGGACUCGAUGCGAAAACCAACCAGACUGCAGGCAUUGCCGGAUUUGGACCGUGGCGGCGGAAUCAGGGCAACAAAAAAACGUUCCAGAGCAGGACUCAACACCCUCGACCUUAUAUGACCUGGAUUAUUUUACCAAUUUACCUGAUUGAUAAACCUGAACGUCCGGGAAAAAACGUUCUGAAAGUACCUGUGAUGAAAAUGCGGAAUUUAUUAUUUAAAAAAAUGAAGAAGAGCGUGCAGUAAAUGCAGCGACCUCGUUAUUUGAAGGUAUAUA